AUGAGAAACCACACAGAAAUAACAGAGUUUAUCCUCUUGGGGUUGUCUGAUGACCCGAAGCUCCAGGUUGUCAUCUUUGUGUUUCUCUUUAUCACCUACAUGCUCAGUAUCACUGGGAACCUGACCAUUAUCCUCCUUACCCUGCUGGAUUCCAGCCUCCAGACCCCCAUGUAUUUCUUCCUGAGGAAUUUCUCCACAUUAGAAAUUUCAUUUACAACUGUCAGUAUUCCCAAGUUUCUGGGCACCAUUGUUUCAGGAGAUAAAAGCAUUUCCUUUAAUGACUGUAUAACUCAGUUAUUUUUUUUCAUUCUCUUGGGAGUCACAGAAUUCUACCUUCUGGCUGCCAUGUCCUAUGAUCGUUACAUUGCCAUCUGCAAGCCUCUGCAUUACAUGACCAUCAUGAAUCAAAAAGUCUGCACAGUGCUUGUCUUUGCUUCCUGGUUGGCUUCAUUCUUGAUCAUCUUCCCUGCACUCAUGUUGCUCUUACAGCUCGAUUACUGUAGGUCCAAUGUCAUUGACCACUUUACUUGUGAUUAUUUUCCCCUGCUGCAACUUUCUUGUUCAGACACCAAGUUCCUAGAGAUAAUGGGAUUUUCCUGUGCUGUGUUUACUCUAAUGCUCACUUUGGCAUUAAUAUUCCUGUCCUACAUAUACAUCAUCAGAACCAUUCUGAAGUUUCCUUCUGCUACUCAGAGGACAAAGGCCUUCUCUACAUGUUCGUCCCAUAUGAUUGUCAUUUCCAUCUCUUACGGCAGCUGCAUUUUUAUGUACAUUAAACCCUCAGCAGGAGAAAGGGCAUCUCUGAGCAAGGGAGUUGCUGUGCUCAACACCUCCGUAGCCCCCAUGCUGAACCCCUUUAUUUACAGCCUAAGGAAUCAGCAAGUCAAGCAAGCCUUUGUGAACAUGGUGAGGAAGGCUGUGUUUUUCUCAAGUGAAUAA